GGGCCAGUCUGAUUAGAUUCCUCUCAGUCUGAGACAGAGCAGCGGUGUCUCACUCUGCCUCUCGCUGCACGGUGCGGGGGGACGUCGCCGAGCCGCCGAGCCGCCGGGUAGAUGCCGGAUGCAGCGCCGCGCGAGCUCUGUGCCGCCAGCCUGCCGCUUCAUGGGAGAUGAACGAGGCCGGGAAUCGCGCCCCCGACCUGAUCCACAGACCUGCCAGCCUCCUCGUGCCGACCUGGACAAAAACGGGAAUAGCGCUGCUAUAUAAUGAAGAGACUGGAAACACCUGUGAUAUACGUCUGAAGCUGACUAAAGACGUGCUAACCAUUCAGAAGCAGGACGUGGUGAGAGUCAGUGGAGGUGAAUCCCAUUCAAAUCGCAGAACUGUUGUACUUCGAAAACAAGCUGUUGGAGGAUUCGGCCUGAGCAUAAAAGGGGGAGCUGAACACAAAGUUCCAGUAGUCAUUUCAAAGAUUUUCAAAGAACAAUCAGCGGAUCAAUCGGAAAUGCUGUUUGUCGGCGACGCAAUGCUACAGGUGAACGGCAUUAAUGUAGAAAAUGCCACCCACGAGGAAGUGGUGCAACUUCUGCGGAGUGCUGGAGAUGAAGUCACCAUUACUGUUCAGUUCCUCCGAGAGGCGCCGUCCUUCCUAAAGCUCCCACUGGGUUCUCCUGGACGUUCGAGUGACCAGAGCAGUGGGGCUUCUUCACCCCUGUUUGACAGUGGUUUACACCUCAAUGGAAACUCAAACCACUAUGCUCCCUUCUCCCCCUUGUCGCCCCUCUCGCCCUCCGCUAAUGAGGCACGCUACGAGAAGCGUUGGCUGGACGCCCUGCCCUUGCCCCUGCUCCUGGCACGCGUCUCCCGCUACUCAGCAGGAAGCCAUAAAUUGAGGCCCAACAGUUUGGAGGUGCUUGCCGUGGACGCGGACUGCCCCGCCGUUCUGCAGUUCUGCACGGCCACGGAGAGCACCGAUUGGCUGCAGUCCAUAUCCACCAACAUCAAUGACCUGACAACGGAGAACAUAAAGAAGGCAAACAAAUACAGCUCACCUGAAGAUCAGAUAGUCCACAUGGGCUGGGUCUGUGAAAACCUACUGGCUAAAGACUCCUCUCACCUCCACACCUACAAGUUUCUAGUGCUGAAGGGAUCUUCUCUCUGCAUCUUCAACCGCCCCCCAGUCAGCACGUCAGACUGGGAGCAAGCGGAGUCCAUCCACAACCUCUGUGAGGUUCUGUUUAAAGCCCAUAAGCUAUGGGUAGCAGAGGACUGCUGGAUGCAGGCAAAACUGUUCCGGGGGCAGCAGCAGGAGGCGGAGCUUCGGGAUAACCGUGCACUGUGCUUCAACGUGCUCCUGGGGCAUGGACAAGCCCACAACUACAGCGUGGAGCUGGGCAGCGACCUCAGCCUCUGGGAGAGGGCCUUCCAAACUGCCAUCUGUAUGGAGGUGCAAAGAGUUCAGUCAAAGACCUACACGUGCAGCAGUCAAGGGAAGGUCCUCCGCUUUAUCAUCGACUUUGAGUCUGGGUUCACCUGCACAGAGUGCAGCUCAAAGGUGGUUCUGUGGAGGUACAGAUUCUCCCAGCUGAGAGGUUCGUCUGAUGAUGGCAAGACAAGGGUUAAGCUUUUGUUCCAGAACCCCGAGAGUAAACAGAUAGAGAUGAAGGAGUUAGAGUUUGCCAACCUGACUGCUGUUCUGCACUGCAUACAUUCCUUCAUGGCGGCCAAAGUGGCGUCAGUGGACCCAGUGUUCACGGCCAAGAAGCACCUGCACACCAGCUAGAAAUGCUGACUCAACAUUCUCAACCUACUCAAUGUACCCAUUCAACCUACUUCUGCUGUUAUGGACACAAUAGGGACGAUUCAAUGCACUUUGUCUUUAUGUUUGAGUGAACUAAGCAAAUAUUUUGUGUUUAUUUUGAUACUUUAAAGGUUCAGUGGUUGGCUGAAAUUAUUAAAAGAUAUUCUGCAGGAAUACAAAGCAUAACUACUGAUAAUUAUUCAUUACUCAAAAUGUAAGUAGUACUUUUUGGGGGUGAAUUGAAUCUGGCCCUGUAUCUGUACAUAUGUAUUUAGUUUCUCUUAUUUUUGUACGACUGUUGUAAGAUAAAAGGAAAAUAAUACUAUGAGCAAAAAUAAAUUAAAAAUGGCCACUAAAUUUUGAAGUAGAAAUAUUUUGACUUGCAUUGAUUAAUGAUGUGAGGUAAUUAACUUCGACUUUACUGGUUCUGCACUUUAUACAUACUGGGUUCUGAGCAAGAAAUAUCAACCACAAGAGAAAAUGUGUCUGUGUGUUUGCAUGUGUGAGUGCAUGUAUGUAUGGUCUGUUUUUGCGUGUAUGUAUACUCGACAGACAUUAGUCUUUUAUCAGCAUUGUGUUUGAGUCUGAUUUCCUUGUUAAUACAUGCUGAUGUUUGCUUCAUGUUAGCUUCAUUGUACCCCUCCCACUCCCAUUGCCAUUAAACUCACUUAAACUAAUGAAAUGCAGCAGAGCAUUGGCUAUCAGAGAGACACCUGGAUUUAGGUAAGGAGAAAAGUGGAGCGAAAAAAGCUACUCAAGCUAUUCAAAAGAAACAAAAGCCCUCUGAGUUGCAGUUCAUCCUCUUUUGAAAUUUGAAACCUACGGAAGAUCUGGAUUUAAAUGCAUCCAACCUUAAAACUUGAAUGGUGGUUGGAGCCAAACAAUAGAUAAAUUCGAUUCAAGGGUAAACACAUUGGAAUAAUUUGUUUUUUUAAGAGCUUGCAGUGUGUAGAUAAGGUUUGUGAAAGUGCAGCAGUCAAUUUGAGUUUCGAGCAGCCCUCACAAUCUCUUUUUUCUGAUCUCUGAUCUCAUGCCUGCUGCCACUCUUCUCCUUGAGAGUGAUUUAACUGAACAAAAAGCACAAAACGACGAGUCAUUUUAUUAAACAAUAACAUGAAAAUACAUUGCUGAAAAACUGCACGUUUUACAAUGUUUUGUUGUCUGUUUGAAAGCUAGGUGUAUCAUUUCAUUUACUGAAUAUGUUUUGUAAAUGCAAAUGUUUGUGCAUAUUUUCCAAUUGUUAUAAAUGUAUGAGGGCUGGGGUGGGUCAUUUUAAAGCUAGAAAGUUCAAAGCUAUUCCAUGUUAAUCUUAUUUAUCAUUUACUUUGAAAUUGUCUUUUUUCUGCUGAUUAUUCAGUAUUGUAUUUGAUAUAUAGAAAAGUCUUGCAAAUUGAGGAAGUGAUAUUUAGAGUAUUUUAAUCUUUGUACAAAAAAGUAUCACAUCACAAAAUCAUUUGUAAGGAGGAAAAUUAAUUUUAAUAUACAUUACAUGACUAUCCCACUUAUUUGUAAACUUUUAUUAAUAAAACAUUUCUAA